AUUACUGGAAGCCAGGGGCGUCACUAGGAAUUUGUGAAGUUACUAAGCCGCUACUAGGGGGGGUAAUUUUAAUUAAACGAAUGGGAACUAAAGUGUACAUUCGUUUAAUUAAAUUUAAUUUUUUUUUUGUGGGGGGGGUUAAAGCUACCCUAAAACAGCCCUAGCGACGCCCCUGCAGUUAAAGAACAAUACGGCAAACAAGUGCAAAUUGUGGUGGUGAGAAAAGGUGGUGACACAGUAUUGUGAACGGUUCAUUCAGUAAAGAUGAUUCAUCGUGGGUUGUUUGGAAAUCGAUGACAAAGGCAAUGCACGCGGCCCGCUGUGACUGUGCACUCAGUCUGAGAUGUGACACCAUUAUAUCGCCUCGUUUGGUGUAUAGUGUGUUGUAUGUAAACACGUCAGCUAUAUCCCAGAUGAUGGUGGUGAUGACGGCGGAAGUUUAAAAUUCCUUUACAGUCGAUCUAACUUGGGUCAAAUCAUUCAUACAUUCGAAAUAUUUAAACAUUUAAUAUCCAUACAUCAUAUUUUCUUCCCAAGUGUGUACUACAAUUAUUAAUAUAAUUGUAUGAACCGAUAAUCUGCAGUCCUCCUGAUGCAAAAAUGACCAUCACUAUUGUACUAUUUUAAAGCUUCCCAAUUAAGAUAAUUUAACGAAAUACAUUGAAAAUUUACAAAGAAUUCUAUUAUCAAUAUAAGAAAUGUAUUAUAGGUCUCACACAAAACAUACAAAUAACAGACAAGGCAACAAAAAAAACUAGGUAUUAUCCUCCCGAAAACAUUUACAAGAGCACCUACAAUUUAACAAAUUAUUAUUAUUAUUUUGCAGCAUUUUAGUCUACUUAUUUGUAAAUUACAAUAUUUUUGUAGACUAAAGAACCUGAAGUAUCAUUCGGCCAUUGGUGUUUAACUUAAUAUUGAAACAUGAAUGUUAACCAAUAAGUCUUACGGAAAUUUUGAAGUUUAAUCAAAAUGACGUCUCUUCGCAUUUGAAAUCACAUCCUCUGGAUUGCUCGCUGGGGGCUUUGGGCAGGGAUAAUGUAUGGUGCUUUGAGACAAUGUAAUGUGAAAAUGCGCUAUAUAAAAUUAAAUUGAAUUGAAUUUGACAGUUUAAGAAAAAAUGUUGGAACUAUGAACUAAAUCAGGGUUUCUGGACAAGACGGUCCACAUUUUUGCUGUCUCCCAAUUCCUGGCAAUUGGGAGAGAGCAAAAAUGUGGACCGUCUGGUGGUCCCCGAGGACUGGGUUGAGAAACCCUCAACUAAAUGAUAUGCUAUAAUUUACUAAACAAUGUGAUAAUCGCUCAUGCGGCGCCAUGUUGUACUGCAUACUUUUGGACGCUAGAGGCGCUGUAUAAAAUGUUUAAAGCAGCUGUCUGCGGUGUUAAUUCUAUGGUAUCUGAACUUUACACUUUGAGGUGAUUUGAUCACUGUUCUGAACUGAAAUAUAUACGAAUUAUUACAAUUGAAAAAAAACGAAAAGCAAUGCAAGAAGGAGAAAUGGGUCAUUAAGAUUACAGUCCUGUAUAUGCGCUUGCAAAGCGGCUUGCAGUGACGUCACUCAUUAUCGGGAAAGGCGGAACCACACGCGUUUGCUGUGUGUUUAUAUUCUUAAGUGAAGGCUGCCUGCUGCGUCCAGUCAAGCUAUCUGUAGCGUCUAGCCAUGCUGGUGCCAAUCUUCACUCUCAAGCUCAACCACAAAAUCAACCCACGUAUGGUGACAGUGGGCAAGUUUGACGGGGUGCACCCCUGUCUUGCUGCGGCCACGCAGGCAGGAAAGGUGUUCAUCCAUAACCCCCAUGCCCGCGUACAGCGGCGGCAGCCCGCCUACCGGCUCAGGCACAGUGCACAGGACUCCGACAUUUCCCUACUGAACAUCAACCAGGCCGUCAGCUGCCUGACAGCCGGCGCAAUGGGGCCUGGCCGGACGGGGCAUGCCCUGCUCGUGGGCUCACAGAGCACCCUGCUGGCCUACGACGUGCAUGACAAUGCAGACAUCUUCUACAAAGAGGUGGCAGAUGGGGCCAAUGCAAUCGUCUUAGGGAGCCUGGGGGACAUUCCCUCACCCUUGGCCAUCAUUGGGGGGAACUGUGCCCUGCAGGGGUUUGACCACCAAGGGAAUGACCUGUUUUGGACGGUCACUGGGGAUAACGUGAGGUCUCUGAUGCUCUGUGACUUUACUGGAGAUGGAAAAAAUGAGCUACUCGUUGGAUCAGAGGACUUCGAUAUUCGAGUUUUCAAAGAGGAUGAACUGAUAUCUGAGAUGACGGAGAAUGAGACGGUGACAUCUCUUUGUCACAUGCAUGGCAGCCGGUUUGGGUAUGCUCUGGCCAAUGGAACCGUGGGCGUGUAUGACCGUACCGCCCGCUACUGGAGGAUUAAGUCUAAGAAUCACGCGAUGAGCAUCCAUGCAUUUGACCUAAAUGCGGACGGGGUUGUGGAGCUCAUCACAGGCUGGUCCAAUGGAAAGAUUGAUGCCCGCAGUGACCGCACAGGCGAGGUCAUCUUCAAAGACAACUUCUCGACCUCGGUGGCCGGUAUCGUGGAGGGCGACUAUCGGAUGGAUGGCCAGAUGCAGCUCAUCUGCACCUCUGUCGACGGAGAAGUGCGGGGCUACCUACCAGCCAGCAAAGAGAUGAAGGGCAGCCUGAUGGACAGCAGCGUGGAGCAGGACCUCAUCCGUGAGCUGAGCCAACGGAGACAGAACCUGUUAUUGGAGCUUCGCAACUAUCAGGAGAAUGCCAAGGCUGUCCAGGGAUCUCCAGGCCCAGAGGGGGACAAUCAGAUGGGGGUCAUCCCAGCAAACACACAACUCCAGACUGCCCUCUCAGUCAAAGCGGCCACAGAGACUCAGAAAGCCCACAUUGAGCUGAACAUCUCAACACCCAAUGACACCAUCAUCCGUGCGGUGCUGAUUUUCGCAGAGGGCAUCUUCGAGGGGGAGAGUCAUGUGGUGCACCCUAGCGCCCAGCACCUGUCGGGCUGCAUCCGCGUUCCCAUAAUCCCCCCAAAUGACAUCCCGGUGGACCUGCAUAUCAAGGCCUUCGUGGGGGGCAGGAGCAGCACACAGUUCCACGUGUUUGAAAUCACGCGGCAACUGCCCCGCUUCUCCAUGUAUGACCUGCACGUGGACGCCGCCGGCAGCCAGCCCACGGGGAGAGUGACAUUCAGCAUCAACGACCGGCCGCAGAGGGUUGUCAUAUGGUUAAACCAGAACUUCCUGCUUCCAGAGGGAAUGGGCUCCCCGGACGUGACCUUCACCUGCCUGCGUGGAGGGGGGCUCCUCAGCAUCAGCAUGCAGUCCAGUGGGGAGGGUCCUUCCGGCUCGUUCCAGAUGACAUUGAAGACUGACAACAUGGACUUGGCCGGGGACCUCGUCCAGUCCCUGGCCUCCUUCCUGGCCAUCGACGAGCUGCAGGUUGAAGCAGAUUUCCCUGCGUAUUUCGAGGAGCUGCGGGUGACCCUGGCUGAGGUGGAUGACUACCACAAGGUCCAUCAGAAGCUGACGGCGGACAUGGCCGACCACUCGAACCACAUCCGCACCAUGCUGGUGCAGGCAGAGGAUGCCAGGCUCAUGGGUGACAUGAGGAACAUGAAAAAGCGCUACGUCGAGCUUUAUAACCUGAACAGAGACCUGAUUAAUGAAUACAAGAUCCGCUCCAAUAACCACAACACCCUCAUCGCCGGCCUGAAGUCCGUUAACCAGGCCAUCCAGCGAGCCGGCCAGCUGCGGGUGGGCAGGGCCAAGACCCAGGUCAUCACAGCAUGUCGAGAUGCCAUCAGGAAUAACAACAUCAACGCCCUUUUCAAGAUCAUGAGGGCAGGUACAGCUUCUUCCUGAGAAAGACUACUGCUGGUACCUCGGAAAUCCCUACAUGGGGGAGUGGAGAUUCUGGUCCGGAAAUGAUACCAAGCCUGCCGGCAGCUGUAGGAGAGAGACCCCCCCAGACUGGCACUGGACAUGUCCCAUUCGGGUCAUGGAAGCUGCUCUGAUAGUUACCUUAAGCCAAGAAGUCUUCGUAAGACUAGCUUGUGCAGGUCCGCAGGAGGACAUCUAGGCAACUUAGAGGAGCCAUUGAGUGACAAUGACUGAAUCGUCAUGAACAUGCUGCUGCAGCCAAAGAAACACAACACUGAUCACCAGUCACGUGCAAGAACAUCAAUGGUGGUUCUUUUCAAAACUUAUAAACAGUAAUCUUGUCUGUGUAUAUACAUAUUUCUGUGAUAUUUAUAUAAUAUUCAUUUGAAUUUAAUAACAAUCUUAUGUUACGACUUUCUUACUUUGGGUCUUGGAAAUUGGAAUAUUCACGUGCUGAGUAAAGAUUAAUUAUGUGAAA